CUUCUCUCACCCUCAGCUUCUCUCUCCUCUCUCUCUCUCUCUCUCUCUCUCUCUCUCACACACACACACACACACACACACACACACACACACCCCUCAGCUUCUCUCUCUCUCUCUCUCUCACACGCACACACACCCCUCAGCUUCUCGGGAACCCCAAAUGCCCUUCGGUUUAGUCCCAAAUGCACCUGCGUGGAACCAACCCACCCUCUGCCUGAGGAACCUGGGUAGCUCACCACAGAGAGACCAAGUUUCCAGAGCGGAAACCUGUAGACUCUCGGUGUAGAGACUCUCCUAAGCCCCAGAGACCCCCAGAACCCUUAGUACCGAUGACCUGUCACUCCUUUUUUUUUUUUUUUAAGAUUUAUUUAUCAGCCGGGCGGUGGUGGCGCACGCCUUUAAUCCCAGCACUCGGGAGGCAGAGGCAGGCGGAUCUCUGUGAGUUCGAGGCCAGCCUGGACUACCAAGACCAUAGGAUCCUGGACCUCCCCAGGGAAAUGUCCUGCACCAUGAGCACCAACAAGCUGGAAGAGAAUAGUCCAGAGGGAGAUGCAGGGAGACUUGAGUGGAAGCCCAAGGUCAAAGAUGAGUUCAAAGAUAUCUCCAUGUACUUCUCCAAAGAAGAAUGGGCAGAGAUGGGAGAGUGGGAGAAAAUUCGCUAUAGGAACGUGAAAAGGAACUAUAAAAUGCUGAUUUCUAUAGGUCUCAGAGCCCCUAGGCCAGCUUUCAUGUGUUACCAAAGGCAACGAAUCAAGCCCCAGAUAGAUGACAGUGAGGAUUCUGAUGAAGAAUGGACACCUAAGCAGCAAGGUAGUCCUUCUUGGGUGCCUUUCAGAGUGAAGCACACUAAACAACAGAAGGGAGCACCUAGAAUGUUCUUAAAUGAUGAAUCUAAUGUGAAAGAAGUGUCUGGAAUAGAAAAUUUGCUGAAUACAAGUGGCUCAGAACACCCCCAGAAACCAGUGUCCUCUCCUGGAGAAGGAAAUGCCUCUGGACAGCACUCUGAACAAAAACCAAAACUCAGGAAAAAGAAUGUUGAAGUGAAGAUGUACAGUCUGCGAGAGAGAAAGGGCCUUGCAUAUAAAGAGAUCAGCGAGCCCCAGGAUGAUGACUAUCUCUAUUGUGAGAAGUGCCAGAAUUUCUUCAUCAACAGUUGUCCCAAUCAUGGGCCUCCUAUAUUCAUAAAAGACAGUAUGGUGGAAAGAGGGCAUCCCAACCACUCAGUCCUCAGUCUGCCUCAUGGACUGAGAAUUGGUUCAUCAGGCAUCCCUGAGGCUGGACUUGGAGUAUGGAAUGAAGCCUCUGACCUGCCAGUGGGUCUGCACUUUGGCCCCUAUAAAGGCCAGAUCACAGAGGAUGAAGAGGCAGCCAACAGUGGAUACUCCUGGCUGAUCACCAAGGGGAGAAACUGCUAUGAGUAUGUCAAUGGGCAGGAUGAGUCCCAAGCCAACUGGAUGAGGUAUGUGAACUGUGCUCGGGAUGAUGAGGAGCAGAAUCUGGUGGCUUUUCAAUAUCACAGACAGAUCUUCUAUCGAACCUGUCGGGUCAUCAGACCAGGUUGUGAGCUUCUAGUCUGGUAUGGGGAUGAGUACGGCCAGGAACUGGGCAUUCAGUGGGGAAGCAAGAGGAAGAAUGGAUUCACAACAGGAAAAGGACAGAGAUCCAUCCGUGUCUUUUGUGCUCUUUGGCCUUCUCAAAUCCAAAAUUCCUCAGUCUACAUAUGCAAUGGAAUCAUCGAACUCAAAUCUUCUCAAGAGCAUCUUCAAGGAUAAACUCCAAACCAGGGGAUCCUCACCCAGAUCAACUUCAGGAACAGCAACAUUUGGAUUCAUACAAUGAAAGUGACAAGGCCAGAAGUCAAGAGGGCAAAGGAAAGUCCAAACCCAUGCAUAAAUGGACAAGAGAGAAGAUUUCA